AUGAUUGAGACUGGAACACCCUUAGAGGGCAAAUAUUCUGGAUAUAACCUUGAGGAAAAUGGUCUUCUUCUACAUCUUGGGUGGAUCUAUCGGGUUAAGGCUGAGCAUCAGCGCUCUGCAGGGCUUUUACAGACUAAUCUGGUGCCGGAUUGGAAAUGGGACAUCAUUUCCGUUGUUGACGGAUUGACUAAAGUUUCUCAUUUUGUUCCGAUUAGAUCUUCUUAUAUAGCACCAGUGGUGGCACGAGUUUUCAUGAAAGAUGUGGUGAGGUUACAUGGUAUUCCUAGGCGGAUCAUUUCUGAUAGGGAUCUUGUCUUUACUUCAACAUUGUGA